AUGGGUCCCCAUAGUAAUCUCGUGUGUUGCCGCCUCGACGUGGAAUGGGCACAGCGUUGCCACCAGCACAAAGAGCGGGAGAAGGAAGCGGUAAUGGAGCUCGAAAGUCUUGAACCCCUGACGUCCAUCCUUGUCGGCGAGGACAACUUCACAACCGACAACGCCUUGCACAAGAUGACAACAGCAAAGUUUCAGGAACUUGCUGCAAAGCUCGGGCAGGAAGCUUUAGACAAGAUGUAUGACGACUGGGUAACGAAUCUGAAUGGGUUGACACCGGCUUCGUUUAUGCAGAUCGUGGCCGCCUUGGCUGUGGAGCAGGGUCAGCAAAGUCUGAAUAUGUUCAUGGAGAGUUUGAGCAUGGAUCUUAGCCUAUUCGGAGCCAAUCGUCGUGUGCGGAACCUCCCAAAAGCCGCAAGACUGGGGGUUGGCUCGCCACUGGAAGAAUGGGAUCGGUCGAAGCCUUGGGAUUGGCUAGGCAACAGUCUUGGCAGCUUCCGCGUCCUCUUCUCGCAAGGCAAGCAGAUGCAUUUGCGCAAAUUGACUAAAGAUCUCGGAGGUCAUGCAACGUCCGGCAGCUGCGGGCCUGUCGUCUGGGAUGCCGGCCAGGGCCUUUCCCGGAUAAGCUACAGUAUCACCCCGGCAGUGCAGCUCUUAAGGCCCAGUGACCGCGAGCUGAGCCUGAUGCUCAAGGUGCUCGUUGACGCCGGGCGAGAGAGCCGGUGCUUCACAACCGUUGUCUCCAAGGCUCUUCUCGAUGAGGCACUGAGAAGGACUUCACUGGCACGGGCUGUAGAUUGGUUGGUAGACAUGUUGUACCUUGUCAUCCUGCUGUUAUUGGCCAUUGCCGUCAACACCCGCCACAAGCCCGCCAAGUCAGUGCAAGUGUGCUUCUUCUGCGUCAGCCUGUGGGUUGCCUUCUCACUCUUGUGUAAACUCUACGGUGGGCUUCGGCUAUUCUGGUCCCAAUGCUGGCCCUGCAGGGGUUUUCUUGCUGGCGUGGUUAAGCAUGCGACGCUCUGGAACUUGGUCAUGUCCUCGUCCGAGGUGUUCUCCACCUACUUCGCGUUUCGCUUCUGCAUCUACGUGGUCUACGAUGUGGGUGAGGGUGCCUGGACACUUUUCCGCAAGCAUCCCGGUUUCCUCUCCUUCCUGGUUUUGGUCCGGUGGACGCAGCUGGGCAUCGGCCUACUGCAGGUCGAGCUUCUGGGCCGCUAUGUCGUGCCGGUGGUUCACGCCAUUUCGAGGCCCGAGUCGCUAUCCUUCUUGUUUUUUCUCUUCAUCAUCGUGCUUGGCUCCUUUCAUGCCUACUACGUCUUCCCUAUCACGGAGAACACCGGCAGCUUAACGCAUGUCCUGAACACUUUCUUGAAGAUCUUCCGGCUGGAAAUUCUUGGGGAUUUCAGCCUCAGCGAGUUAGAGGGUCUCGGUGACCAGCUUCAUGGAUCUUUCUCUUCGAACCAGACUUUUCAUGGUGAGAUGGCCGAAGAAGCUUACGACAAGGACUUCCACAGGAGCUUGCGUGCCGAGUUCGUCGCAUUGAGCCUCGCAGUGAACGUUGUGUUCCUGAACGUCUACAUCGGCCUGCUGGGCGAAAUCUACAGCAAGUCGGUGGAGCGGAAGACCCAGUUGUACCAUCAUUACUUGGCAUCCUACGCAUACCGAAACCUCUCUCGGGCGCCGUGGCGCCCGGUCCAACCAUGUAAGCAGGCAAGCGGCAACGAGCUUAGCAACGACGCCGAAAUCGUUUGGGUGGCCAACUUGGUCGAGGAUGAAUCCAUCACCGUCGAAAUUCAAGGAUCCGACCCGGCUGUGGCACUGCAUGGCUGGUCGAUGGACCUCGACACUGCCGUCACCUGGGCCCUGGGGCAAGAACAUCGACUGUACUUUGGCAUGGGUUUCGCCUCCUACCGAACCAGCACCAAGAACCUCACCUGGCAUGUCCGCGAGUCAGUCGGCCAAAGCGAGGCUGCCUUAGCUGAGGACGACGAGCCAGUAGAGUCUCCAGAUCCUGAGGUCAAGAGCCCAGGUGCGCAGCCGAAGAGCGUCUUCGGGGAGUUUAGCGGCCUCGCCAGGAUGCUCGGCGACUCCUGCGUGGACUUGGGCCAGGGCUUCCCCAACUACGAUCCACCCGACUUUGUGGUGCAGGCUCUUCGCGACGAGCUGGAUGGCACGGGCAAGGGCAAGGUCCGCACACGCCACCAGUACACCAGGACGGCAGGGCACGUGCCUCUGGUGGAGGUCUUGGCUGAGCGGUACAGCGGCCACCUCGGGCGGCCGCUGGAUGCCCUCAAGGAGGUCGCUGUGACGGUGGGUGCCACGAAUGCUCUUUUUCUCGCGAUGCAGGCGGCCUUGUCGCGGUCUCCCGAAGCGAGAGAGAUCGUCGCCUUGGAGCCUUUCUUCGAGCUCUAUCGGUCUCAGGCGCACGGCUUGGGAGCCGACUUCCGCAGCGUUCCGCUGCGCUUCGACGAGGCCAAGCACUCCUUCGAGCUGGAUAUCGAGGCCCUGGCAUCGUCGUUGGGCCCGCAGACAGCGGCCUUGAUCGUCAACACGCCGCACAAUCCCACCGGCAAGGCCUUCGACGAGUCCGAGAUGGAGGCCAUCGCAGAACUGCUGCGCCAGCAUCCCAACAUCCUGGUGAUCAGCGACGAGGUCUACAAGUACAUGAUCUUUGACCCGCCGUCAAGCGGGGUGGCGGAAGCUAAGGACAUGCCGGCAGGCCACAUCCACUUCGCAAGGCUUCCGGACAUGUGGGAAAGAACACUCACCGUGAGCUCUGCGGGGAAGACCUUCGGCAUCACGGGCUGGCAAAUCGGUUGGCUUAUUGGCCCCUCCGCUUGGAUGGAGCCGAUCCAGCGAUUUAUGCCAAACCUCCAGUUCUGUGCGCCAACGCUGACACAGCGGGCCCUGUGCCGGGUUCUGCGGCAAGCUGCCGAGCCCUACAGCGGUGUGGGAUCCUACUACGAGUGGUUGCGGCAGGACUAUGCAAGGCGACGUGCUUCCAUGGUGGAGGCGCUGGAGUCUGCUGGCAUCACCACGGCAAGGUCACAAGGCGGAUUCUUCCUCCUGGGGGACAUCAGCGAUCUCUGUGGCCCUGAGGGACCGCUCCACGAGAGCUGGGAGGCAUCCUUAAGGCCCGAUGAAGCGGAAGAUUGGACCUGCUGCCGGGCGCUGGCUGCGGAA